AUGGCGCAUCCGGGCGCCGCCGACGCUGAUCGGCUGUUUAGCUCCUGCGUAUUCUCUUUUGUCGAAAGUCGCGACCUUCCUGAAAAUCUGAUCCAAGAGCUUUCCAGUCAAGUCAGUAAACAUGGCGGAGAGGUCGUUGACGCGAGACGCGACAAGUCGCUUUACCUCGAAAAGCUCACCCACAUUAUCGCCAACACGAGUGAUUUCCCACAGCACACCGAUGCAACGGCCAUGAUGAUCCCCGUAGUCAGAUCGACAUGGAUAUCAUCCUCUCUUGGCCGAAAUAAGCUUGUCCAGGUCCGGCCAUUCUCCCCCGAUCCGAGAAUGCUCUUCAGCGACAUCGUCCUUACUGUGGCCGAUGACGUGCCUCCUUCCGACAAGGAAUCAAUAAUCGGCUGUUCCAUGGCCUUGGGAGCUCAAGACUCCGAAAAUAUCACAAAAUUGGUUACACACGUCUGUGCCUUGGGCAUGAAUAAUGAUAAAUGUCGCAUCGUUCAGAGUAAGAACCUCAAGUGCAAGAUUGUGCUACCGCAUUGGUUCGAUGACUGUUUUAGACUUGGCAAAAGGAUUGACGAAGGGCCAUACAUGCUGCCAGACCCAGAAGUCUUUGCUGCAAAGCCCGAUGACGAAGUAGCAGUGCCAGCUAGCCAGCACCUCGAGGGUGCCACAUCAGCCAGACCACAGUGGAUGCCUUUUCCCACGGAUUCUGAGUGUGUUCGCCCCAAAUUGACCGUUUUCGAAGACAAGGCCGUCAUGCUAUCUUGGGAUUUGGCUAUAUCGCCUCGAUUAAAAGAGAUUGUCCAGGGGCUUAUCGAGAGUGGUGGCGGCGAAAUCACAGACAACGUUGGCAACUGCGACUAUUUCAUCUGCCAAUACCGCGAAGGAGAGCAAUACGUGAAAGCAUCAAAAUCAGGAAAAGAUGUCGGCAACUUGUCCUGGCUCUAUCAUCUCAUUACCCAUAACACAUGGACAUCCCCAAUGCGCCGCCUGCUCCAUUAUCCUAUUCCAAGAGAUGGCAUACCCGGUUUCAAGGACUUGAGGAUCACUGUCUCCAACUACGGUGGUGAAGCCCGCAUCUACCUCGAGAACCUAAUUACUGCUGCUGGUGCGACAUACACCAAAACCAUGAAGGCGGAUAACACACAUUUGAUCACUGCCAGAAACAACAGCGAGAAAUGCGAGGCCGCCCGAGACUGGAACAUUAAUAUGACCAACCACUUGUGGAUCGAGGAAAGCUAUGCCAAGUGCGAGAUGCAAAGCCUUACAGUGGAGAAGUAUACACAUUUUCCGCCCCGAACCAACUUGGGCGAGGUUAUCGGCCAGACACCCCUCGAUGAAUCGCGACUCCGGGCCAUGUUCUACCCAGGCGAGCCUGAGAAGCCCAGCCCAACAACUUCGCGCAAACGAAAGAUUUUGGACAUGGCCAAAGAGAAUGCUUAUUCUGAUGGUCCUUUAGAAGGAGUGGCCAUUGGACGCCAAGCCCGCAAGGAAUUCGACGUCAUGAAGGAUUCCGAGGAGGACUAUGCCAAAAAGACGACCGAGGAGUUUGGUAUCCCUGCGCCGGCAAAACGUCGCGCAGUCGAGGCUGCGACGCCUGCACGAGGUCGUCAUGUGCUCACCGGAAAAGAAAAUGAGACACCGUCAACCGUCUCUACUGGUAGCCGGAGUGCCAAGGCCAAGGCACAGCAGCGACUGUCAGAAAUUGCUCCCGAUGUGGCUCUUUAUGACAAGGAGAAGAAACGGGGGCUCAAAGACGGUCUGUGGGGCGGGAAGAGGGCCGCGGAUUACAUUGACCGGGAGCACCUCAAUCGCCGGAGCGCUUCUAGUCCAACGGCCGACGAGGGCGAGGCAGUCCCUGUCCGAACCAAGCGUGGCGCCAAGAAGGGCAGCAAGCCUGUUUUACCAGAAAUCGAUGCAAAGGUAAUCCUAACAGGGUUUAAGAGAUGGGUCAAUGACAAGUUUAAAGAAGAUGCUGAUCGGAAAAAGCUCCGCGAUCUCGGUAUACAAGUCGUUUCCGACGGCAGUCAGGUUGACUAUCUAGUGGCGCCACAGGUGGUACGGACUGUCAAGUUCCUUCGAAAUUUGUCCAAGGGAGCCAAGGUACUGUCAUCCGAAUGGAUUGAGCAAUGCUUGGACACUGGAGAAGUACCGCCGCCCGAGGACUACCUUCUUCACGAUAAGGAGAAUGAAAAGAAGUUCGGAUUCAAACUCGAGGCUUCUGUCGAACGGGCAAUAAAGAACAAGGGAAAGCUCUUGUGGAAUGUUCCGAUAUACUGCACGUCUACCAUCAAGAAUGGCACCGAAAGCUACAAGGCAAUUGCAGAUGCCAAUGGUGCUAUUUUCCUGGUGUAUGCUGCGAGAAGUGGCACAACAAUCAAGCCGACAAACCCGGAAGAUGACGAAGGAGGGCCGGAACCAGUGUACUUGCUGAGCACUGCAUCUCCAGAAGAGAAAAAGUUGUGGCCAAGAUUUGAAGCCAUGGCGAAGGCAGGCAACAUGGAAGCUAGGGUUGUCGCUUCAGACUGGUUGCUGGAUGUAGUAAUGAAGCAAGAGUUGACUUUCGAUAAGAAGUAUCUUGUCAACAACUUCUUCAGCUAG